AUGGCGCAAACAACCAUAUUGCAAUCCCACCUCAAAUUUCGAGAAUCGCUGCAAGGUCAACCUGUGUACUUGCCGAAUCUUUACUCCCUUUUACCCGAAUGGAAAGUGAGGAUACAUCCACAAUAUCGGAGAGCUCGCGAAGAAGUACUCAAUCCGUGGAUUGAAUGGCUACUUCAAAAGGCAGAAUUCGGGAUCUUUGCGGCCAUUAUGUGUGCUGACACAUCGUUUGAGAAAAUGUGCACAGUAGCAAAGUCUUUCGCCUGGGCAUGUACUGCCUGCCUGUUCACCUGCGAGAGGAGACUAACAAUAUUGAUAGUACUUUAUCUGGGACGACAGUAUGAUUGCUGUGUUUUUCUUAUGAGGGUGUUCGACUGCGGUUUACUUACCCAUGAUAUGGAAGCCAUCAAGAGUUACAGGGCAACAACCGUGGAAUACUUUAAACAUGUCUUGUGUGCAGAUGGCAAAUUCCCAGAUCUUUCAGGAUAUCCAGAAGAGCUUCAGAAUGCUUUGCAUUGUUGGGACGAAGUUGCCGAACAUAUUUGUGAACAAAUGAUCUUCUACGUAGCUAGUGUGGACACAGUCGACGCAAUCUGCAGUGGUGACACAAUUCCAUCCUUAAUGCAGUACUGGAGGCGACGUGAGCGCACUGCAGGGGUUUACCCAGUGAUGGCCACAAUUCCGUAUGUGAUACUGGAUUAUCCGUGUAUUUUUGUCGGGCUAAUAAUAGGCAGUUUCAUUUACGGCUACGAUAUUUCAAAGGCGGAUUUGGCGACCGAUCUUAUGACGCUUUUGUGGAGGCAUACAUCCUACCUGGUGCAUAUACAAAAUGACAUGUUUUCCCUCAGGAAGGAAAUAAGAGACAACCAAAUCGAAAAUCUCGUUACUGUAGUUAUGCUGAACGAAGGCCUUGAUUGUAACCAGGCAAUGCAACUGAGCUUCUGCCUAGCACAAGAAAUUGCAAGGAGUUUUCACGAAGUUGAAGACAACGUACGGUGCACUACCACUGGUCGAUCUCGCACCGUUUCGUCCAUUUUUAACGAAGGCUGCAAGAAUAUCGCAAUGGGUCUUACUUUUUGGAGUUACAGUGGACAACGAUAUUUUGAAAAUUCAGAGGUCGGGGUGGGAAAUGAGAUCUGGUUCCAGCUGUAG